GAUGUGUUCUCCCCGAGGCUGCCCGCGAUUCCCCCGGUCAAGCCCAAGAGAAAGCCCUUGGCUUCUGGUUCUCUAAAUUCGAUACCUCUGGUCGCUGCACUCAAUGGCCUUGGGUCCUCAAAUAUCUCCCACCCUUUGCUGACUCAAUCUCAGACUUCAACACAAGAGGCGGCCGAACCUUCGUCUCAAGUAUCCGAGCUUCCACCGCCACGCGUGCGAAUGGUCUUCGAUGGAGUCGAGCUUCCCACAGUCGCGUCCAUCAGACGCGCCGAGGGUCCUGAGAUGAGGGAGAGGGGAAGGGAAAGGGCGCGCGGGCAGAAAAGGACACGGGAGGAGAUGAACUACGGCGAGCAACUCGCGCGGGUACUGCAUUCGGCGUUCCAGCAGAACCACCGCGAGCUGGAAGACACUCGCGAGAGAGGGAGUAAGGACAGUGCUGGCAAGGACACGUCAGAGGCAGAGUCACUCCCGCGCCCAGCCACGCGUAGACCAGGACGAUUACACAGGAGGUUACCCAGCGAAUCUUCUUCUGAUGCUGAGCCCGGUGCUCACAAGAGCAGCAGGGCAGCACGGGUAAUUGAUCCAGAGCCUCCUACUGAGACCGAUGCAGGACCGUCCACAGAUAUUGGUACUACAUUCGAGCCUCUCACAUCUACAUCUGUCCCAUCUACUCCUUCAUCGGUCAUCGAGAUCGAUACGGAACCCAAUAGCCCCGUUC